GCUGAAUUGAAGAAAAAAUCUAUUGAUAUCUGAGGUACCAGUAGAAUAAAUUUUACACUUGGAAACCAAAAGUGAUAUAUGUGUAGUCGGACGAGUAGUUUCCAAGUUCAGUGGAAUAAGAGAAGUAGCCGUCGCCACCAGGAAGCAACACCUCCGCGAUUGUUGCCGUCGCCAGGAGCAGGAAAAGAAGGAUUUUUGGAUUUAACAACAGCUGCUCCAACUUCUCUUCCGCCGCUGCCAAACGAGUUGUUUGUAACGACCCCAUACGCAAAAACGAGCAACGACAUCGGCAAAUCGUUCGUUUUCAGUUCCUUCAUUCUUCUUUAACCCUUCCAGCAUUGGUUGAUCCUUUGUCCUAUCCUAGCGCGUUACCCAAAUUUGAUUUAACAUCGCCAAGUAAACGAAACAGCAGUAUUUCUUUAGUUUCUAUUCCUAAUUUGAUUUUCUUCCACCUCUUGGCAAUAAUUAGUCUGCAACAGAGGAAAAUAUCCGGAGCAAAAAAGGGCGUGCGAGGUGUUCUUACGGUGUGCCGGCCAAAAAAUCGCGAAGAAAAUUGAUAUCAUUAUCACCGCACCAAUAGUGUAAAGUGCUCGGCAAAAAGUGAAAAGAAAGUCGAAUCAAUUGUGAUACCCACAACUCAUACAAGAAAAAAAGAAACACAAUACCAGAAAAGUGAAACCACGGGACGGAACUGUCCCGAACCCAACUAUUGGGCCAUCGCGUCCAAUCCGAACAGGAAAUUUGGGAUCCCCAAGCGCUUUGGGAGAUCCUGACGUGUGAUCUGGGCAGCAGCUAAUCUACAAAAAUCGACCCAUCAAAGACGGUAGUAGAAACAGCAACGAUCCAACCAUGGAGUGCUGUCUUUCGGAGGAGGCCAAAGAGCAGAAGCGCAUCAAUCAGGAGAUUGAGCGGCAGCUCCGGCGAGACAAACGGGACGCUCGGCGGGAGCUGAAGCUGUUACUGUUAGGUACCGGUGAAUCGGGUAAAUCGACCUUCAUCAAACAGAUGCGUAUCAUUCACGGUAGCGGUUAUUCGGACGAGGACAAACGUGGCUUUAUCAAACUAGUGUACCAAAAUAUUUUCAUGGCAAUGCAGUCGAUGAUCCGAGCGAUGGACCUGCUGAAGAUCCAGUACAGCGACCAGACCAACACAGAACACGCGGAACUGAUACGAAGUGUAGACUUUGAAACAGUGACCACAUUCGAACCGCCAUAUGUUCAAGCAAUCAAGGAUCUGUGGGCGGAUGCCGGCAUCCAAGAAUGCUACGACAGGAGGAGAGAGUAUCAGCUAACAGAUUCAGCUAAAUAUUACCUAAUGGAGAUCGACCGUGUAGCGGCGACCAGCUAUCUUCCAACGGAACAAGACAUUCUGAGAGUGCGUGUACCCACGACGGGUAUUAUAGAGUAUCCCUUCGAUUUAGAGGAGAUUCGGUUUAGUUACCUGGGUGAUCUGGCCCGUAUCGAAGCCGAAGAUUUCCUACCCACUGAGCAGGACAUUCUCAGAGCUCGAGCACCGACUACCGGCAUCCUUGAAUAUCCGUUCGAUCUGGAUAGCAUUAUCUUUAGAAUGGUAGACGUCGGGGGACAAAGAUCUGAAAGAAGGAAAUGGAUUCACUGUUUCGAGAAUGUGACAUCGAUUAUUUUCCUAGUGGCCCUGUCCGAGUACGAUCAAAUUCUGUUCGAGUCGGAAAAUGAGAACCGUAUGGAGGAGUCGAAAGCUUUAUUCAAAACCAUCAUCACCUACCCAUGGUUCCAGCACUCGUCGGUCAUUCUGUUCUUGAACAAGAAGGAUCUGCUGGAGGAGAAAAUCAUGUAUUCGCAUUUGGUGGACUACUUCCCGGAGUACGACGGACCACAAAGAGAUGCAAUUGCUGCCAGAGAAUUUAUACUCCGCAUGUUUGUAGAUUUGAAUCCCGAUUCGGAGAAGAUCAUUUAUUCACAUUUCACAUGCGCAACAGAUACCGAAAACAUUAGGUUUGUAUUUGCUGCUGUCAAGGACACGAUACUGCAAUCAAAUUUAAAGGAGUACAAUUUGGUUUGAACAAGAACGUCACCGUCGCCGUCAUCACCGUGGCCAUGGUCCUAUCGUCGCCGCCAAUGUGGCCGUUUUUGGUAUCAUCGUUACCGCAGCCGUCGUUACCGAAAUAUCGCCUCCUACUCUUUUCCUAGUACGAAUUGCGGUAUAACUACUAGCUCUAUUGAUAGUGGUAUUGGUGGUAACAUCAGUAGUAGCAUGAGUAGUGGUAACAAAUAUAGGAACAAAAACAGCAACAGCAGCAGCAGCAGUGUUUACAAUCAUCGUCUCUGCCAUCUUUUGCAUAGUAGCGCAACUAGACCCGAACAAAUUAUCUCCGUUGACCAUUGUGCAAUCUUCGUUGCCAAAGUAGUGAUUCUACUAUCAACACCUAGCUCGUCAUUAGCAAUGGGAAUGGGAACAAAGAAGUCACUAGUCGUUAACCAGGAGAACAAGAGGAAAUCCUUUCGAUUUCUGUCGAAACGUCGGUCUGAGCUACUGUUGCAGAUAAUGAGCAAACUGUGUGAAACGUACAGUUGCACGUUUCAAUUAGUUCGAAAUGUGAUACAGUUCCAAUAUUGAUUUUCCGUACAAAAAAAAUAGUUUAACCUUUUUAUUUAAUUCUGCUAAACAUGUGACGAGAGCGUGUUCUUCUGUCCUCAACUCGUUGAAUUUGUAACCAGUUGCUAAAUAAGAUUUGAGAUUGAGCCAAUGCUUGCCAUUUUUAUCGUUUCAUCAAAUUCCACAAUCGAAGGCUUUUCUGUUAUUACAUACAAUUUUUACGGGUGCAUCACUAGUUGAAAGGGUUCGAGGUUAUGUUCCCCAUAAGGCGUAUGUUGCCGGCAUUGUGAACGGAAUUUCAGGACACAGUUUGCCAUUACCGACAAAUUCGUUCAGGAAAAGAGUACAUUUCAUUAUUUUAUGUGCAUUUUUAUCAGUUAGGUAUAACAUAAAUAAUCAACCAAUAAAAAAUGAAAACUAACCAACAGAAGAUAGAAAAAAACCAUGCAAAACACACACCACACAUAUACACAAAUUAUGCAAAUCGAUUUGAAAAUAAUUAGUUUGUAAAGUUUAUUUUUAUGCUAACUUUGUUGAUAAUUUCUCCUCAAUUCACUUUUAGUUGUUGAUAAAUGUUUGUAUCUGUGUAUAGUCUUUGUUUUUUAUGAACCGUUCAAAAGAUAUUUAUUUAUUUUGAUUUUUUAAUAACUUAUUAGUUAUAUGAUAUAAUUACAAUUUAAUUCACCAACAAAUCUGCUUUACUCCAAUAUUCACUUUCGAAUCUUUCCUAGUAUUGCAAAAUUCAGACCGCACAUUCACCCGCGAAUAGACCUAGUCUGUCAUCCAGUACAUCGAACAGUCGAUAUUUUGUAUACAUUUUGGACAAAAGUGUUUUUUGACGGGUCGUUUUUUUGUGAAUUUUAGCCACCAAUUCAGUAAACUUAAGAUAUUUUCCGAAUAAAUGUGUAGUACUUAUCAACAGUGCUGCCAGCAGUAUUAUUGCUUGAAUCCAUUUCUUGUUUCCGUAAGAAAUCGAAACAAUCAGGGUCCUUUCUAGCAACACUGCAGACAGUCUACCGACCAAACAACCACAAUCAAUUGGUUCCCAACAUUUAGCUGUUAUUUUGACUGUGAGAUUCGACGCAUACUUUAAAGGAACGUGUAGUGAAAUCUUUUACAAUUCUCUACCUUUUUAUAGAUAUUUUUCAAACAUAGAAUGCCUGCCAAACGAAUCGUCUAUUGUGUAGCGUCCAUUUUCCUUACCUGAGGUGGCAGCAAAAAACAAACAACAGCCGGCAACAUUGUUCGUAUGAUUUAUUUACCACACAUGAAAGCAGUUUAUUCUUUCUUAACUAUCCACACUACCUUCAGUAAACUAACCGGCAAUUAAUUUGUCAUUUCACCAGAAACAUUUUUACGCGCGUCACUGUUUAAAUUAUAGGGAAUAUAAAUAUAUAAUGAAAAAUAAAACGAAUGCUUUGACACGAAAAAAAAAAGAAAACAAGAAAGCAGAAGCAGUCAGUCAUAUUCGUACUACUAAUUUUUAGGUAUUCAUAAAAUGCCAACUGGUGAAAUGUGAGAUAAAUUAUAGUAGAGCAAAACAAUUGAUAAAAAAAACAUUCAUUUGUUCCAGCAAAAUGAAUGAAAACCAUUUUAAUGUGUAAUAUUAUGCAUAAUUUCAUACUUAAAAUUAUAUAUAUAAAGUAAAACAAAAUUAAAAACAUUUUCAGCGAACAACACACGACCAGCAGCUGAAAAUGGUGUAGCAAAAAAAAAAAACAAAAACAAAAAUAACACCUGUACAUAUUUAUUAGUAAUUCUGAAAAUUGAAUUUUACGAAAUCCGGCGAACGAACGAACUUCGGAUCCAUUGCGAGACAUGUUCUUCAGUUGCUUUCAUUUGUGUGGUUUGCACUGUUUUUACUACAGUCGAAUUGCGCAACAUCGUUAGUGGAAGCUUUCGAAGAAGGAUAAAAAAAAACCUAAACUCAUAGACGUAUUCAUUAGAAGAAAACAUGAAAACUCAUUUGAAAUCAUAUAAACGCACACAUUCACAUGCAUGCAUGCUAAAAAGUGUUAGAAAAAAGAACCAGUCACGAAAAUACACAAAUUCAUUCAAAGAAAUUAUCACACCGUGCAAAAUCAAUAAUAGAAUCAGAACGAUGUUUCGCAAAAGUAGUGAAAUCAUGGACAAAAAUUCCAACUCGAUCGAGUUGAAGUACAUAAUCUAAAAACAAGUGAAAUUGAAAUUAAUAGUCACUUGACAUCAGGAGUUAGUAAAAGAAACGGGACAGUGUGUUUGCUUGAUAGUGAGAGAUAAGCAAAGAAUCAAAUAAAAGAAGAAAAAACACAUACAUAUUAUAUAAGGAAGUCAUAGAGCAACGAAAAAAAGCUAAAAAUGCAUUACAAACACAUAAAUUUUGCUCUAUUUUCUACGACACGAUAAAAAUCCUCUCAGCGGUACGUAAAAAAUAUGAAAAAAAAACAACAAAAUAGGCUUUAGAUAGUUAGAUAAAAUAAUUUUGAUUGAUCCGUAAAACACAGCAGUAAUUCACUCGAUCCAAUUAUGAGCGGAUAAAAUAAACUAAUUCAAGGGUUACCAAUAUGUUGAGUAAUUAUGCCAAUUUCUUUCUUUAUUCACAUACAUGCAUUUUCGAUUGAAAACCAUUUCCAGUGACUUGCGCAAAUUACGGCUUGUUUUUUGUAUAACGAGCAAUUUAAAAAAUGAGAAAUGUAAGGACAAACUGCAUGUGAUUAUCAAAAAAAUAAGAAAACUACAAGGUACGAGAAAAGUUAUACCUUAUAAAUUGAAAAACUGUAUGUGCCAAGAUGAGUAACUAUCACAAUUCGUGGCAUUUACACAAACAAACCUCACAUACACAACAAAUCACACGCCUGUAAAAACGAAUCGCAUCCCCCGACAUCUACUUUUUUCGGUAUAGAAAAUAAAUUUUGCUUUUACAUCAGCUUAUUUGGUUGCGUGUCAAAUUCUUUUCUGUUAUAAAAAUGCGAUAGAAUGCUUUCAAUAUUUGUUCUCUAAAAAAGGUUCAAAAUAUCAUAUUUUUGGAUUGUAAUAUUUGAUCACACUCUUUCUGGACAACUGUUCCUAGUCACGGAAAUGGAUACAAGAAAUUGUCGGUAUCAAAAUAUUACGUUUUACAGCGCUUUCUAUGCCGGUCGAUUAAAUAUCAAACGAUUGAUUCGAAAUGAUAUUUGGGAUGGCCAUUCGUAAACUUUCUACGACGGACACUUAAAAGCGUCUUUUAAGUAUUGUGUGCCAUUUUCUUUUUUGAACUAUUUAAAAUCUCCUCUCUUACAAGAAAAAUAAGAUUCAUUAACGUAAACAAACUAACCCAGUUACACAACAAUCGGCAAAGAUUACACAAAACCGAGUCAUUCAAUCAUAAACAGAAGAAGUCUUGUUACACAAUAAGCGAAAAAGGAUAAUACUGGGGAAAGUUUAAAAUGCUGAACAGAUUUUAUAUCUGGAAAAAUUAUGUAUUUUCAAAGAUGCAUUACAUUGAAAAUCAUGAAAGCCAACAAUCGGAAUGCUUCGAAAUGACGAAAAUAAUCAAAAAUGUAAAAAACAGCUCACAUUGUUUGUAAAACCUACAUAUAUCUCGCAGAAAACCAGAAUUCGCAUGGAAAUGUCUUCGAAGAUAUCGAAUUACUCGAGGAACAUUGAAAAUCAUAAUUGAACCUCGGAACGGAACGAUACCGAUGCUGCUUAAAUCGCCAACAUUUUUUUGCAGAUGUUGCUGAA